GCCGUACGUGCCGGCCGCGCCGGGGCCGCGGGAGCCGCCAGCGCCAGACGGGCCGGAGCGGCGGUGGGUGCUGGGAGCCGCGGCACCGGCGGCGUGUGGUGAGGAGGCUGGAGGAGUUGAACAGGGUCAUACAACCAAAACUCUUUGAACUGUCUCAAGGGAGACUUUCCCUGCUGCUCACCACCCUCCGUGCUGGAGCUCACAGGCCCCACCAGCUCUUGUUUGCAGAGCCAUAGGUGCAAGUGCCUCUGAGUGCCAUGGGGGAGCCCAGCAUGGACCCAACCAUUGCUGCUGACAGCCCUGCACAGCAGGACUCUCUCUUCAGCAUGACAGACGUGUUCCUCAUCUCCCUCAUCACUGGACUUUUCACCUACUGGUUCUUCUUCCGCAAGAAAAAGGAGGAGGUGCCUGAGCUCCCCAAGAUGCAGACAGUAGCAGCUCCAGUGAGAGACAGCAGCUUCAUUGAGAAGAUGAAGAAAACGGGCCGAAAUAUCGUGGUUUUCUAUGGUUCCCAGACGGGCACAGCAGAGGAGUUUGCCAAUCGCCUGGCCAAAGAUGCCCAUCGCUAUGGCCUCCGGGGCAUGGCAGCAGAUCCAGAGGAGUAUGACCUGUCGGACCUGAGUCGCCUCUCUGAGAUUGACAAGUCCUUGGCAGUGUUCUGCAUGGCCACCUAUGGAGAGGGGGAUCCCACAGAUAAUGCCCAGGAUUUCUAUGACUGGCUGCAGGAGGCUGAUGCCGACCUCUCAGGUCUCCGGUUUGCAGUCUUUGGGCUGGGGAACAAAACUUAUGAGCACUUCAAUGCCAUGGGGAAGUAUGUGGACAAGAGGCUGGAGGAGCUUGGAGCGCAGCGCAUCUUUGAGCUGGGGCUGGGAGAUGAUGAUGGCAACCUGGAAGAAGACUUCAUCACCUGGAGAGAGCAGUUCUGGCCAGCAGUGUGUGAGCACUUCGGGGUGGAGGCUACAGGAGAAGAGUCCAGCAUCCGUCAGUACGAGCUGGUGGUGCACACAGAUGUGAACAUGAACAAAGUCUACACGGGGGAGAUGGGCAGACUCAAGAGCUACGAGAACCAGAAGCCCCCAUUUGAUGCCAAGAACCCCUUCCUGGCUCAGGUCACAGAGAACCGCAAGCUGAACGAGGGUGGAGAGCGACACUUGAUGCACCUGGAGCUGGAUAUCUCCAAUUCCAAAAUCAGGUAUGAGUCUGGGGACCACGUGGCUGUGUACCCAGCCAACGACUCCUCCCUGGUGAACCAGAUUGGUGAGAUCCUGGGCACGGACCUGGACACUGUCAUGUCCCUGAACAACUUGGAUGAGGAAUCCAACAAGAAGCAUCCCUUCCCCUGCCCCACAUCGUACAGGACAGCCCUGACCUACUACCUGGACAUCACCAACCCUCCCCGCACCAACGUGCUCUACGAGCUGGCCCAGUACGCCUCGGACAGCGGCGAGCAGGAGCGCCUGCGCAAAAUGGCCUCGUCUGCUGCCGAGGGCAAGGCGCUGUACCUCAGCUGGGUGGUGGAGGCCCGCAGGAACAUCCUGGCCAUUCUGCAGGACAUGCCCUCCCUGCGCCCCCCCAUCGACCACCUGUGUGAGCUCCUGCCCCGCCUGCAGGCCCGCUACUACUCCAUCGCCUCCUCCUCCAAGGUCCAUCCCAACUCCAUCCACAUCUGUGCUGUGACUGUGGAGUACGAGACCAAGACAGGCCGCCUGAACAAAGGGGUGGCCACCAGCUGGCUCAGGAGCAAGGUGCCUGUCCAGCAGGGGAGCAGCUCCCAGGUGCCUGGCCAGCAGGGGAGCAACUCCCUGGUGCCCAUGUACGUGCGCAAGUCGCAGUUCCGGCUGCCCUUCAAGCCCAGCACGCCCGUGAUCAUGAUCGGGCCGGGCACCGGCAUCGCCCCCUUCAUGGGCUUCAUCCAGGAGAGGGCCUGGCUCAAGCAGCAGGGCAAGGAGGUGGGUGAGACAAUGCUUUACUAUGGCUGCCGCCACGAGCGCGAGGACUACCUGUACCGGGAGGAGCUGGCCCGCUUCCAGAAGGAGGGAGUGCUCACCCAGCUCAACGUGGCCUUCUCCAGGGACCAGGCUGAGAAGGUUUAUGUCCAGCACUUACUGAAGAAGAACAAGGAGAACGUCUGGAAGCUGGUUAAUGAGGGGAUGGCUCACAUCUAUGUGUGCGGCGAUGCCCGGAACAUGGCCCGGGACGUGCAGAACACCUUCUACGAGAUCGUCUCCGAGUUUGGCAACAUGAGCCAGCCCCAGGCUGUGGACUAUGUAAAGAAACUGAUGACAAAGGGCCGCUACUCCCUGGAUGUGUGGAGCUAAGAGCGGGGCUGGCGGGGCCGGGGAGAGAACAGGUCCCCAGGCGUGGGCCAGGGGAGCUGGCAAGUGCCUGCUCACCCACUGCUGCUGGGGGUGACGCUGUGGUCCCCUGCCCAUGGCUACCCCGCUGUCACUCCCAACCCUUCCUGGGCCUCUGCAUUCCCUCGGGGCAGGCUGGGCACCCAGGGGGUGGAAAGGGUUGAGAGGGGCAGGGGGGUAGCUCAGGCUGCUGUCCAGGAGCUGCAGUGUCACCGGCACCUCAGGGUGCACCAGCGUUUGCCUUGAGGCCAGGGACAUCAGGGACACGGCCACGAGGGACAGACACGGCCAGGGAGUCCUUCCCUAGACACGAGGUGUUGCCUUAUCCACGGGGCUGGAGCCCAGCCUGGCCUGCAGGGACAGCAGCGGGGUGGAGGGGCUGUGCUGGGGCUGGGAUGGCAGCUUUGCCUCCCUCCUGCCACCCCUGUGUGCCCAGCUCUGGGAUGUGGGGCUGGCAGCUGGGCACAGAGCUGUCCCAUGGCCCCAGCAGCAUGUCCUGCUCCGUUCCUGCUGCCUGCCCUGGCUCCAGCAGCAGCGGGAAGCUCCUCUCCCUGUGGAAUGCAGCCGGAUUGGAGGUGGGGUCUCAGCCCAUGGGGGCCCUGCCUGCUCCCCUGAGCCCAGCCCCUCCCUCACACCAUGUACGGUCAUUUUUUAAAUACGGUUUUUAUUUUGAACAUCUUUGUGAUUUUAGCAUGGGAAAAAAAAAAAAAAAAACAAACCAAAAAAACAACAACAGAAAC